ACUAAUAAAUGUUUACUCAUUCAUAUGCGGAACAGAAUAAUAACACUUUGUUUUCUGGGACUUUAAGAAUAAUACGCAGCAACAGCAGACAACUAGCAGUAAUUGUACAUAUGAAACCACAACAGAAUGUUGCCGAUCCGCUCGUUACGCUCCACUCGAGGCGCUCAAGUUUUCGUAGUACAUACUACGUUUAUUUAUUUUUUCCUCAUUAUUCGUAAACAUAUGUAUUAUGUACACAGAGGGGCAAGCAACAUCACCCAUCAGUGGAUGAAAUUCUUGUUUUUCGUUUUCAGUUAUAAUUUGAAUGUCGUAGUUGCAACAAGUUGAAGAUCGAAACGUAUAAACAGUUGCCGCGUGUUGUAUUUAGUUAUUUAAAAAUACAAAAGAAAGAAAAGAAAAACAAAAUCUCGUGUAACAAAAGGAAAAUAAAGAAAACUUAAAAAAUUUAGAUUUAAUUUAAUUAACUAGAAAUAGUAAUUGAUAAUAAAAUUGACAGCAAUAUGUAUUGAUUUUUACCACAACGAAUAUUGAAACAAAAGCACACAUGAACUUGAACAAGAAAUUACUUUUUUCCCCACUUUUGACACUUAACAACUAAUAAAAAAACUAUUAUUUAUCCAUAUAUUAAUAAAUAGUAUGUUUAAUAAAACGUCAAACAUGACGUUAAUAUAAUAUAUCCCUUCGAAAGCAUUUAAAUCAACUAUAAUGACUUGAAAAGCCGAAGCAUAACAAAUUUAAAAUGAACAAUUAGAAUAGAACGUUUUCGAUAGAUAGAUAAAUAAAUAACAAUAGCUUGUUAUAAUUAAAAUAAUAACAAUUUAUAAAUUAAACAAAAAGAAAACAACAUAAAGUAAUAGACAAAACAAAGCAGUAACAGUCACGCUUUUUACUUGGUCUACAUUCACCAGCAACAAACUACUUUCUGGCUGUUGUUCAACAUUGAUCUGAUUGCAGUCGUUAAUAACCAUGGAUUCCACGGACACUGGUUGCAGUUAUUCUUUCGAUAGUUAUAAAUCUCGCAGCGGUACUUCGUUGAAUUAUAGCAGUGAUAUAAAUGCCAUUAGCGUUGAUUUGCCAGAACAAUCAGAUGAUUUGAUUUCUUCAUAUAAUGGCUUUAAGUAUUUACCACAUUGGCCACCAGUUAAUAUAGAAUUUCACAAUUUAACUUAUAAAGUACACGAUGUAAGCAAAGGUAUGAAAACAAUUUUAAAAAAUAUUCAUGGAGAAUUUAAAUCACACGAACUUACUGCCAUUAUGGGGCCUUCGGGUGCCGGGAAAACUACAUUACUUAAUCUUCUAGCAGGCUUUGGAGGCUACAACUAUAGCGGUGAAAUAAAUGUCAAUCAUACGCCACGUAAUUUAAGAUUAUUUCGUAAAAUGUCACGCUAUAUCAUGCAAAAUGAUGUUAUAGAUCCUCAUUUUACUGUCAUGGAAGCUAUGAUAUUUGCCGCUAACUUAAAGCUAGGAAAUGAUUUGACCAAACAACAAAAACUAGAAGUAAUCGAAGAGAUACUUAAUAUGUUAAGAUUACAAAAUGCUGCCCAUACCAAGGCCAUACGUUUGUCGGGCGGUGAACGUAAACGUUUGUGUAUAGCUUUGGAAUUGGUUAAUAAUCCACCGGUGGUAUUUUUAGAUGAACCAACUACAGGCCUAGAUGAUCUCUCUAGUACUCAGUGUAUACAAUUACUAAGACGUCUAGCACAUGCAGGACGUACAAUUAUCUGUUCGAUACAUACCCCACCAGCUAAACUAUUCGAAAUGUUUGAUAAAGUUUAUAUAUUAACCGAAGGUGAAUGUGUCUAUCAGGGCAGUGUUGGUAAUAUAGUACCUUAUUUGAAAGAAAUUGGUCCCACCUGUCCGCUUACAUAUAAUCCAGCAGAUUUUAGUAAGUAGUUGUUAAUUAUUUAAUUGCUAUAUGAAAUUAUUUCAAUUAAGACAAAACGUUUAUUUAGUGUCAACAACAUUUGCAAUAUCAUUUAUUUUCUUUCCUAUAUAUACAUAUGUACGUUGCUCUAUAUUGAUCUAUUGACAUUUAUCUCAAUUAUUUAUAAUGUAUUUCUAUAAAUUAAUUGCACGUUUUCCAU